AUGGCUGGACGAGAAGCGCAGCGACUGCGAGACGCUGAGACGGCGCUUGGGAGACAUCUGGCGCGUCUCGCCGCAUUCGUCCAUCUGGACCAACUACCUCAGGAACUUGAGUUGUUAUUCGAGCCUGCCAGCCGGUAUUCGCUGAAGCUCGAUACCGCACCCACAGAGUGCUGCAUCACAACCAAUGCGCUGCCGGCGCCGGCGCCCGCUGACGAUAUGGAAGUGAUCGAAAGCCAGCACAGCCUGCUGAAUGCUAGUUUCAUGGCGGUGCACUUUGGACCCAAGCUGACGAAGGCAGUGGAGGGACUGGUGGCGUACACGGCCCACGCAUACGCUUUAACGGGCCAGGUGUACGCCAGCGCCUUCAGCCGGGCGCGCGAUUGGUCCGACCCAACGCAAAACCUGUUCCAACAGUUCGCCAACGUCGAGGGAAUUGGGUGGACAGAAAUAGUGGGAGGGUGCAUGAGCAACGCCGCCAGCUUCAAGUACGGCAUCCUAGGAGGAAGGCGUGUCGACCAGUCCCCCGAGCUGGUGUCGGCCUUCCUGAGCGACUUCCACGACGACGAAAGCUUCGAGGCCGCCAUCCGCGCCGCCGUGGCAAAGGGCCGCGCCGAGGGCAAGCGCAAUUUCCAGGUGCUCGUGCUCUCCAUCCGACAUCUUGUGUACGGCGACAUGACGCCCGAAGCAGUGGUGCACUCGAAGCGUUAUGCCAUGUGGACCCAACCCGCCGACGACCGGGCCUCGUACCUCAAGAACGAAGACCCGCGGCUCCAAGAGCUUGAGGACGUGAUCAAUCAUGGUGGAGCCGACGACGGCGAGUGGGUCGCCCCCAAUAGGCGCGUGAAGAACCUCGCGAAUCCAGCAGAUGCCGAGGAAUUGGACACUCUCCCCAAUCGAGACCUGAGUUGUUUCAAAACAAAGCAUUUCUGUUGUCGCUACCACGAUGACGACACCCUCUGGCGGCAGCCUUUCGAGGACAAAGGAACCAACUGGUUCUUGUUCGAACAGGUGCUCAAAUCGCCGCUCGGGCAACGUAUCAUCUCACACCCGUGCAGCCUCGCCGCGCUGUGGGCGAUUGUCUUCCUCGUCCCCAUGGGCAUAGGGGGCUGCGAAAGUUCGCGGUCCAGACACGUAAGGGGCUUCAACGGCGCGGGUCGUGCCGUGCUCCCGCGGCAGCGACUUGGUACCUACCUCCUGAUGGGCCCCCGCCGUCUGCGGGUGCGUGUGGCGCGCCCCUCUGUCUACUUCGUCCCUCGGUUCUGGCCUGCGAGCGAGAACACGACAGAGGGGUGGCGGCAGGCCGUGGCCGAGGCGAAGAAGCAGACCGAGCUGGAGUACUGUCGUGAAGCCGACAAGAACAACCUCGCCGUCUUCGUCGUGAUCGGCACCAAGUUCCGGCUCCUGCACGUGACCGAGCAUUCGAAGCUACCGACAAUGAAGAAGGGGCCGCGGGAUCCUUUCACGUUCAACCUGGAGCGUGAUAAAAACGCGGCUGGUGGGGACACGGAGCCGCCGUGGCAGCACUGCAAACGCAUGGAGCCCUAA